AAGAAGAGGAAGGGCAAGGGAAAGAGAGAGUGAGAGGAAGACGAAGGGCUGAGUGACGGCAGUACGAGGUGGGAGUGGACGAGGAUAGGAGCAGUGCGUGUAUUACUUCCCAAAUUUGUGUGUGUAUGGUACGCCAGAACACACAAAGAUCAAUAUGGUGGCUCAGCUGUUGACAUACAAUGGGCAAGUGGCAAUUGUCACUGGUGCUGGGGGAGGCCUUGGGAGAGCCUAUGCAUUGAUGUUUGGGUCUCGUGGGGCCAAAGUGGUUGUCAAUGACCUUGGAGGAGAUACCAAGGGUCAAGGCCAGAGCUCUCGUGCUGCAGACAAAGUGGUGGAGGAAAUCCGUCAGGCUGGAGGGAUUGCUGUGGCCAACUAUGAUUCUGUUGAGGAUGGAGAUAAAAUUGUGCAGACAGCCCUGGACAACUUUGGCCGAGUUGACAUUCUCGUGAACAAUGCUGGCAUCCUCCGAGACAAAUCCUUUCCUCGUACCUCUGACACUGACUGGGACCUGGUACAGCGGGUCCACCUCCGAGGCUCCUUCAUGGUGACCCGGGCAGCCUUUCCUGUUAUGAAGAAGCAGAAGUUUGGCCGGAUUAUCAUGACAGCGUCCACGUCAGGCAUAUUUGGUAACUUUGGACAGGCCAAUUACAGUGCUGCCAAGCUGGGAUUGCUGGGCUUGAGCAACACAGUGUCCAUUGAAGGUCAGAAGUACAACAUCCACUGUAACACCAUUGCUCCUGUCAGUGGCACACGCAUGACAGAGGGCAUCCUUCCCCCUGACUUGUUUGAUGAGUUCAAACCAGAAUUUGUGGCACCUCUAGUCCUGUGGUUGUGUCAUGAGGACUGUGAGGACACUGGUGGACUCUUCCUGACUGCUGGUGGCUGGUAUGGCAAAUUCCGGUGGGAGUGUACCAAUGGUGUAAUGUGUCGCAAGUCUCGGGAGGAGAUGGUGACACCAGAGGUAGUGAGAGAUCACUGGGACAUGAUUACAGACUUCUCUCAUAGUUACAACCCAGAGUCAGGCCAGGAGGCAACAGCUCACCUGGUUGGGGCUCUGCAAGAAAUGGACAGUGCAGGAGACACAAGCUCUGAGAACACUUCAGCUUCUGUCCCACCAUCUGCCUCUCCCUCAGCCACCACUGGCCCUAUGUCUGCUGUGGGAGUAAAGGUGCAACCCAAGACAUUUACUUAUACCUUCAAAGAUGUCAUCCUGUAUGCCCUUGGAGUUGGUGUGUCAACCAAGGAUGAAAAUGGCCUACAAUUUUUGUAUGAGAACAGUGAAGGCUUCAGUCCUCUGCCCACUUUUUGUGUUGUGCCUGCCCAGGCGGUCAUGAUGGAUGGUGCUUUGUGGUCCAGUAUUCCUGGCUGGUCUGUGGACCUCAGUAAGUUGCUGCAUGGAGAGAUGUACAUAGAGUUGAUGAAGCCACUCCCUUCCUCAGCAACCCUCUCCACUGACAUGGAGGUGGUGGAGGUGCUGGAUAAGGGGUCUGGUGCUGUCCUCACAGCUGACACCAUCAGUCGGAAUGAGAGUGGGGAGCCAUUAUUCCGCACCCAGUGGUCGCUGUUUGUGGUGGGUGAAGGCAACUUUGGGGGUCCAAGGAAGAGUACCAAGGCUGUGCCCCUCAUGGACCACCCAAGCCGUGCCCCAGAUGCUUCUGAGGAGGUUGUCACUGGAGUAGAUCAGGCUGCCUUGUACCGCCUUAGUGGGGAUUUGAAUCCUCUGCACAUAGAUCCUUCCUUUGCUGCGAUGGGAGGCUUUGCUCAGCCUAUCCUUCACGGCCUCUGUUUCUACGGCAUUAUAGGACGGGCCAUUCUCAAGCAUUACUGUGGCAGUGACCCAACCAGGUUCAAGGCCAUGAAGACACGCUUUGCCAGACCUGUGAUCCCAGGCCAGAGGCUGGUGGUAGACAUGUGGAAGGAAGGGAGUCGUGUUUACUUUACUUGCACUGUGAAAGACACCGGGAAAGUUUGUCUAACAGGAGGCUAUGUAGAUAUUAUCAACCAGGAACUGUCCACCGCUGCUGCUGAUGAUGUUUCAAGUACAGCAGAGAGGACUGUGGCAUGUGCAGGACUGUUUGAGGAGAUGACCAAGAAGGUAGCUGACAACUCUGACCUUGCUGACAAAGUGAAGGCAGUAUUCUUGUGGAACAUCAACAAAAACAAGUCUCUUGCAGCUCAGUGGACUGUAGACCUGAGAAAGGGCCCUGGGAAGGUGUAUACAGGGCUUCCCAAUGAUGGUGUCAAGCCCAGUGUGACCUUAACCCUGGAAGAUGAAGACAUGGUGGCCUUGGGAACAGGCAAGCUCAAUCCCCAGAAGGCUUUCAUGUCUGGCAAGCUUAAGGUUUCAGGCAAUGUGAUGCUUACUCAGAAACUGCAGCAUCUUUUGAAACCCCAGGCCAAGAUAUGAAUCUUUUAAGCUCCCUGGACCCUUCUCUCUUAGAGCAUGUGUUGAAAAGCAAUGUUAUUCCUCAGGGUGUAACAUUGGUUUCUUGUGGGGAUACUGUCUCUAAUCACUGUUAUUGUUGUUGUUUUUGUACAUAGUUUUUAUAUUUAGUUAAGUAUAUGGAGAUGUGACUGGAGCAUGAAUAAGGAACACAAAACAAUUGGAAGGAAUGCAUAUCUUAAUGUUGAGAUGAAUACUUGAGAUAUCAUACAGAGAAAGAACCACUAAAGACAUCAGAUGAAUGUGUGUCAUUUUGGAAAAGGUAAGAUAAGCAAGGCUGAGGUGGAUUAAGAAAGUGGUGAGAAAGGAGGACAGCUUGUUGAAGAGGAAAAUGAGGCAGACUGCAGAGGGUGAAAAAAUACAAAGGCAGGGAGCAUCUUGGAUGAAGAGAUAUGUGUACUGUGGUGUUGGUAGAGUAGGAUAGAAAGGACAGGAAUUGCUGGUGACAGAAUAUUCAAAGGGCCAACCGACUAUAAGAAAAAGGAGCUUAGAAGAAGUAUAUAUAUUUUUUAUGUGGUUGUGAGGUAGGCUUUGCUGCAAUAGUGUGUACAUUGUUGUUGUCAGAUGCAGGGUAGAGUUUGCAUUUAAUUAAUAGGUGUAAUAAUGUACUGUUCUCAUGAAAUGUCUGAUGCAUGAUCCUUCCUGUGCAUCUUAAGCUUUGUAUGGAAAGACAUAUAUUUAUUCACUUUACUUUACUGGAUGAACAGGUUUUCUCUUUCAGUGAAUGAGGUCAUGCAAUAUUUGGCUUCAAAAGGGCCAGCAGAGAUUAGAUAACUGUUGCAGGACCUGGAUUUAAUUUUCAAUACUAAAAGGCACAAAAGUGGUGUUCUUUAAAAGUAAUAUUUCAAUAGGAAAUUCCUUAGUUCCUUUUAUAAUGUAGUCAUGGUCCAUUUAGGAUGUGAACUGUUAGUUGGAGAGUAUAUUCAUAUAUAUUAAAUUGUAUAUAUAUUUUUAUUUUUUAUUUAUUUAUUUAUUUUUUAUUUAUAUAUUUUUUCUCCAAAUAAACCUUAUGAUGAAAUGCA